GACGUGUGUUUGCUGUCAAUGCCAACGGCAAAGAGAGAAGGCAUCAACAGCUAAGCCCCCAUUUAAGACAAGAUGGCAGGACUGCCCCGCAGAAUCAUUAAGGAAACCCAGCGCUUGCUUGCAGAGCCUGUGCCAGGCAUCAAGGCCGAACCAGAUGAAAGCAAUGCCCGCUACUUUCAUGUGGUUAUUUCUGGACCUCAGGACUCACCUUUUGAAGGAGGCACAUUUAAACUUGAACUCUUUUUACCAGAGGAAUAUCCCAUGGCAGCUCCUAAAGUACGUUUCAUGACCAAAAUAUAUCAUCCCAAUGUGGACAAGCUUGGAAGAAUAUGUCUGGAUAUUUUGAAAGAUAAAUGGUCACCAGCUCUGCAGAUUCGUACAGUGCUGCUCUCUAUCCAGGCUUUACUAAGUGCUCCUAAUCCUGACGAUCCUCUAGCAAAUGACGUUGCAGAGAAGUGGAAGUCCAGUGAAGCUGAAGCCAUAGAAACAGCCAAGAAAUGGACCAGGCUUUAUGCUGGAAGCAGAAAUGAAGUGUAAAGCAUCCCAACAGGUGGAAGUCAAGUGUGUGAACGCAACUCGUAUGCUGCCAAGAACUCCUCCUUCAUUUGCAUUUUAAGGACACAGUCUAUAUAUAUAUAUAUAUAUAUAUAUAUAUAUAUAUAUAUAUAUAUAUAUAUAUAUAUGCGCACACUAGUAAUAAAAUUACUUGUCUUUGUCCUAAUUUGCUACUAUUCAAAUGCAUGGGCAGAGGUUUAGAUCUACUCACCUUGCUUGUCUGAUUGGGUAUAGGGUCUUACAUCCCAUAUUUUGGGGUACGUGGGUAUGGGGGGAGGUGGAACAGUGGACUAAAUGCAAUUGAAAGACUGGCUAGAUAUGGUUAAUAAACUUUUUAUAUUUCUUUUAACUGUGUUUCUUUGUGUUGCUGUUUGUUUAAUAAAAGCAGCUAACUACUACUAGCCCACUCUACGUAAACAUCCACCCGGAUGGUUUCAUCCUGUGUAUAUGUCCCCACCAGACAUUGCUCAGCUUCUUUUAAAGUUAUGUCUGGCUUCAUUUAAUACAAAAAAAAAAAUGAUGACAAAGCAAACUGAGCCUGCCUCUUUCACUGUUCUUUCAGUCACUCUGUAUAGUCUUGCAUAUACUGUUGGCCUCUGGAUGGUGUGUGUGAUGGCUACCAUACAUAUUGACUUUUUUUUUUUUACUUUCAGUUCAUACAGUGUGUGUUAUGACAUUAUCCAGGGUUUUUUUUAAUGAUUUUUUUUCUUGCUCUUGCUGUACUAACUACUCUUGCUUUCCCCCAUUUAUAUAAUCUCCUAACAAUACUCAGUGGUUUACACACUCUCAACUCAAUAGAAUUUAUUUCGCAAAGCAGUGGUUAUAUUUGAGUCAUCAGUUGUCAGGCAACAUGAGAGAAAAUGGGGAUGCUGGGUUAUGUCGAAUAUAUGCUAGAUUGUCAAAUGAACAAACUCCACAGAUUGAGGUCUAUGACUCUGCGUUGUUGGAAUUUGGUGCGCGUUCACUUCACUGUAAAUUCCCUAGGAAGUUGAAGAGAUGUUUUCUUGCUGUCAAAAUACUAUGAAACAGUUCACCUGCAUACUUGUAUGUUCUGUAAAUAAAUUCUGUUGAUUAAUAAAUA